AUGGCUGCUACCACCACCACAAGCGCCCCUGCCGACACCUUCAAGUUUCCUCGGGAAUACCACUUCCCAGCAUUCUUCACCCGCCAAACAAACCUCACCACGCUGCACGCACAGCACAACAAGUGGGCCGAUCUCAUCCUCGCAUACGCCCGACAUAACCGCAUUUUCCGACUCUCCCUCUCCGAAGCUGCCGACUCGGAUUUGUUUGUCAAUCGCAAACUCGAUCGCCGUCUGCAAUUCGAUGAUAUUCGGGAUGUCGUGUCCUUUAUGCACACCGAUGGACGUGUAGAGUAUGUCGGAGGUGGAACGUCGGGCGACGUUGUCUUUCUGUACUGGAGAAAGCCCGAGGAGUGGGCUGAGCUUGUCGAGAACUAUGUUGAAGAGUCUGGACAAAAAGGCAGUGUCCUUACAGUCUACGAGCUUGUCGAAGGAGAUGGCACAAAAGGAAAUGGUAGGCUAAACCUCGACAUGUCUGGGCGUCGUUUUGCUAAUGAUGUACAGAUAUUCACGGCAUGGACACAGAUGUCCUACUAA